AUGGCAGAUGAUGAAGAAUAUGAGGAGGUGGUGGAGUAUUACACAGAAGAGACAGUUUAUGAAGAGGUGCCGGGGGAGACCUAUACAGUCUAUGAAACCACAACGACAAGGACAAUACCAUCUGACUAUGAGAUAUCAGAAACUUCCAAACCAGCACUGGCACAGCCAGUACCUGCUAAGCCGACGGAGAGGAAGAAGGUUAUCCGGAAGAAAGUGGACUCUUCAAAGUUCAUGACUCCUUACAUUGCACACAGUCAGAAAAUGCAGAAUCUCUUUAGCCCAAAUAAAUACAAAGAGAAAUUUGAGAAAACAAAAGGACAGCCAUAUGCCAUCACAACUGAUACCCCAGAACUUCGCAGGAUCAAGAAAGUACAAGAUCAACUCAGUGAGGUUAAGUAUCGAAUUGAUGGUGAUGUUGCUAAAACGAUUUGUCACGUAGAUGAAAAAGCAAAGGACAUUGAACAUGCCAAGAAAGUGUCGCAGCAAGUCAGUAAGGUUUUAUACAAGCAAAACUGGGAGGACACCAAGGAUAAGUACCUGCUUCCUCCUGAUGCCCCUGAACUUGUCCAGGCUGUUAAGAACACAGCCAUGUUCAGUAAGAAACUGUACACUGAAGACUGGGAAGCAGACAAAAGUUUGUUUUACCCAUAUAAUGACAGCCCGGAGCUGAGGAGGGUUGCUCAAGCCCAGAAAGCUCUGAGUGAUAUUGCCUACAAAAAAGGUCAUGUUGAACAGAAAAGUCAAUUCACAUCCCUGCCAGAUCCUCCAGAUAUAGAAUUCGCCAAGAAAGUGAGCAAUCAAGUGAGCAAGCAAAAAUACAAGGAAGACUAUGAAAAUAAAAUCAAAGGCAAAUGGAGUGAGACACCUUGCUUUGAAAUUGCAACUGCCAGAAUGAAUGCUGACAACAUCAGCACAAGGAAAUACCAGGAAGACUUUGAGAACAUGAAAGACCAGAUCUACUUCAUGCAGACUGAAACCCCAGAGUACAAAGUGAAUAAACAAGCUGGGUUGGCGGCCAGCAAGGUAAAAUACAAAGAAGACUAUGAAAAGAAUAAAGGAAAAGCAGAUUACAAUGUACUUCCUGCUACUGAGCAACCACUACUCAGGCAGCUGAAGGCGGCAGGAAAUGCCUUGAGUGAUAAAUUGUACAAGGAAAACUAUGAAAAGACAAAGGCAAAGAGCAUAAAUUACUGUGAGACACCCAAAUUUCAGCUGGAUACAAUUCUGCAUAACUUCAGUAGUGAUGCUAAAUAUAAAGAUUCUUACUUGAAGAAUAUUUUGGGACAUUAUGUUGGCAGCUUUGAGGAUCCAUAUUAUACGCAUUGCAUGAAAGUCACAGCUCAAAACAGUGAUAAAAAUUACAAAGCAGAAUAUGAAGAGGACAGAGGCAAAGGCUUCUUCCCCCAGACCAUAACUCAAGAAUAUGAAACAAUCAAGAAGCUAGAUAAGUGCAAAGAUCAUACCUACAAAGUCCACCCGGACAAGACAAAGUUCACACAAGUUACUGACUCUCCUGUUCUGGUGCAAGCCCAAGUCAAUUCCAAACAACUGAGUGAUCUAAAUUACAAAGCAAAACAUGAAAAUGAAAAAUUCAAGUGCCAUCUACCCCCAGAUACUCCUGCCCUCAUUCAGCACAAAGUCAAUGCUUAUAACCUGAGUGAUAAUAUUUAUAAGCAAGACUGGGAGAAGAGCAAAGCUAAGAAGUUUGACAUUAAAGUGGACGCCAUUCCCCUGCUGGCAGCCAAAGCCAACAGCAGAAACGUUAGUGAUGUGAUGUACAAGAAAGACUAUGAAAAAAAUAAAGGGAAAAUGAUUGGAGCUCUCAGCAUUAAUGAUGAUCCCAAGAUGCUGCACUCUUUGAAGACGGCCAAAAACCAGAGUGAUAGAUUAUACAAGGAAAACUAUGAGAAGACAAAGGCAAAGAGCAUGAAUUACUGUGAGACUCCUAAAUAUCAACUUGACACUCUGCUGAAGAACUUCAGUGAGAAUAAAUAUAAAGAUCAUUAUGUAAACAAUAUCUUAGGACAUUAUGUGGGCAGCUUUGAAGACCCAUAUCAAAUUCACUGCAUGAAAGUUUCUGCCCAAAAUAGUGACAAGAGUUACAAAGCAGAAUAUGAAGAAGAUAAAGGGAAAUGCUACUUCCCUCAGACAAUAACGCAAGAAUAUGAAGCAAUCAAGAAGCUAGACCAGUGUAAAGAUCAUACCUACAAAGUUCAUCCAGAUAAGACAAAAUUCACGGCCGUCACUGAUUCUCCCGUACUAUUGCAAGCCCAGCUCAAUACGAAACAGCUUAGUGAUCUGAAUUACAAAGCAAAACAUGAAAGUGAGAAAUUCAAGUGCAAUGUACCAGCAGAUGCUCCACAAUUUAUCCAACAUAGAGUCAAUGCUUAUAACCUAAGUGAUAAUGCUUACAAGCAUGACUGGGAGAAGAGCAAAGCUAAGAAGUUUGACAUUAAAGUGGAUGCCAUUCCCCUGCUGGCAGCCAAAGCCAAUAGCAGAAAUGCUAGCGAUGUGAUGUACAAGAGAGACUAUGAAAAAAGCAAAGGGAAAAUGAUUGGAGCCCUUAGCAUUAAUGAUGAUCCCAAGAUGCUGCACUCUUUGAAGACAGCCAAAAACCAGAGUGAUCGUGAGUAUCGAAAAGAUUAUGAAAAGUCAAAAACAGUCUACACAGCACCUCUUGAUAUGGUCCAAGUCACUCAAGCAAAGAAAUCUCAGGAAAUUGCCAGUGAUGUGGAUUAUAAGCAUCUCUUACACAAUUACAGCUACCCACCAGAUAGCAUCAACGUGGAGCUUGCCAAAAAGGCUUAUGCACUACAGAGCGAUGUUGAAUACAAAGCUGACUACAACAGCUGGAUGAAAGGUUGUGGCUGGGUUCCAUAUGGAUCCUUAGAAAUGGAAAAGGUCAAGCGAGCUUCAGACAUCCUUAAUGAGAAAAAAUAUCGCCAGCACCCAGACACUCUCAAGUUUACCUCUAUUGAAGAUGCUCCUAUUACAGUACAAUCUAAAAUUAACCAGGCCCAGAGGAGUGAUAUUGUUUACAAAGCCAAAGGAGAGGAAAUUCUUCACAAAUACAAUCUGCCAGCUGACUUGCCCCAGUUCAUUCAGGCUAAAGUCAAUGCCUACAACAUCAGUGAGAAUAUGUACAAAGCAGACUUGAAAGAUUUGAGUAAGAAGGGAUAUGACCUGAGGAGCGAUGCUAUUCCAAUCAAAGCUGCCAAGGCUGCCAGGCAGGCAGCAAGUGAUGUUCAAUACAAGAAAGAUUAUGAAAAAGCCAAAGGGAAAAUGGUUGGUUUCCAAAGUCUACAAGAUGAUCCAAAACUGGUUCAUUAUGUGAAAGUGGCCAAGCUACAAUCAGACCGUGAGUACAAAAAAGACUAUGAAAAGACAAAGACCAGAUACAACACACCCCAUGACAUGUUCAACGUUGUGGCAGCUAAGAAAGCUCAAGAUAUCGUCAGCAAUGUCAACUAUAAGCAUCCUCUCCAUCAUUACACCUACCUGCCUGACGCCAUGGACCUGGAAUUGUCUAAGAACAUGAUGCAUAUUCAGAGUGAUAAUGCCUACAAGGAAGACUAUAACUCCUGGAUGAAAGGCAUUGGCUGGAUCCCUAUUGGCAGUCUUGAAGUGGAAAAAGUUAGAAAGGCAGGGGAUGCCCUGAAUGAAAAGAAGUACAGGCAGCAUCCAGACACCAUCAAAUUCACCAGCAUUGUCGACUCUCCAGUUAUGGUCCAGGCCAAACAAAAUACACAGCAAGUUAGCGAUAUCCUAUACAAAGCUAAAGGUGAAGACGUGAAGCAUAAAUAUACAAUGAGUCCUGAUCUUCCUCAGUUUCUCCAGGCCAAGUGCAAUGCUUACAACAUCAGUGAUGUAUGUUAUAAACGGGACUGGCAUGAUUUAAUAGCCAAGGGCAACAAUGUGCUAGGUGAUGCUAUUCCCAUCACUGCGGCCAAGGUGUCAAGAAACAUUGCCAGUGAUUAUAAAUACAAGGAAGCUUAUGAAAAGUCAAAAGGAAAGCAUGUGGGUUUCAGAAGUCUCCAAGAUGAUCCCAAGCUGGUCCACUAUAUGAAUGUGGCAAAGUUGCAGUCCGAUCGUGAAUAUAAGAAGAACUAUGAGAAUACCAAAACCAGCUAUCAUACCCCUGGGGACAUGGUCAGCAUUACAGCUGCAAAGAUGGCCCAAGAUGUUGCCACCAAUGUCAAUUACAAACAGCCAUUACAUCAUUACACAUACCUACCUGAUGCCCUGAGUCUUGAGCACACCAGGAACGUGAAUCAAAUUCAGAGCGAUAAUGUAUAUAAAGAUGAAUAUAAUAGCUUCUUCAAGGGCAUUGGAUGGAUCCCUCUUGGUUCUCUGGAGGUCGAGAAAGCCAAAAAAGCAGGCGAAGCGUUAAACGAGAGGAAGUAUCGCCAGCACCCAGACACCAUCAAGUUCACAAGUGUACCUGACUCAAUGGGCAUGGUUUUGGCUCAGCAUAACACAAAGCAGCUAAGUGAUUUGAACUACAAGGUGGAGGGAGAGAAACUGAAACACAAGUAUACCAUAGACCCGGAAUUGCCCCAGUUUAUUCAAGCCAAAGUCAAUGCUCUCAACAUGAGUGAUGCUCAUUAUAAAGCGGACUGGAAGAAAACCAUUGCUAAGGGCUAUGAUUUGAGACCAGAUGCUAUUCCAAUAGUUGCUGCAAAAAGUUCACGGAAUAUUGCUAGUGAUUGCAAAUAUAAAGAGGCUUAUGAGAAAGCCAAAGGUAAACAAAUUGGAUUUCUCAGUCUUCAGGAUGACCCUAAACUGGUUCACUACAUGCAUGUAGCUAAAAUCCAGUCAGAUCGUGAAUACAAAAAGGGCUAUGAAGCCAGCAAGACCAGUUAUCACACACCCUUGGAUAUGUUCAGUGUGACAGCUGCAAAGAAAUCUCAGGAAGUCGCUACCAACACCAACUACAGACAGCCCUUCCACAACUACACACUGCUGCCCGAUGCCAUGAAUGUGGAGCACUCCAAGAAUGCGAUGCAGAUUCAGAGCGAUAAUCUAUACAAAUCCGACUUCACCAACUGGAUGAAAGGGAUUGGAUGGAUCCCAAUACAGUCGCUGGAGGUCGAGAAGGCAAAGAAAGCAGGAGAGAUACUUAGUGAAAAGAAGUAUCGCCAGCACCCAGAGAAGUUGAAGUUCACCUACGCCAUGGACACAAUGGAACAAGUACUCAACAAAAGUAACAAACUGAAUAUGGAUAAGAGGCGCUACACUGAAAAAUGGGACAAAGACAAGACCACCAUUCAUGUUAUGCCCGAUACUCCUGAUAUUUUACUCUCCAGAGUAAACCAAAUCACCAUGAGUGAUAAACUGUACAAAGCUGGCUGGGAAGAGGAAAAGAAGAAAGGAUAUGACCUGAGGCCUGAUGCUAUCUCAAUAAAGGCUGCAAGAGCCUCUAGAGACAACGCCAGUGAUUACAAAUACAAACAAGCCUAUGAACAAGCCAAAGGGAAACACAUUGGCUUCCGGAGCCUGGAGGAUGAUCCCAAGCUAGUGCACUUCAUGCAGGUGGCCAAGAUGCAGUCAGAUCGGGAAUACAAGAAGGCUUAUGAGAAAUCCAAGACAUCCUUCCAUACCCCAGUGGACAUGUUCAGUGUAGUGGCUGCCAAGAAAUCUCAGGAAGUAGCCACCAACACCAACUACAGGAAUGUGAUCCACACCUAUAACAUGCUUCCUGAUGCUAUGAGCUUUGAAUUGGCCAAGAACAUGAUGCAGAUCCAAAGUGAUAAUCAGUACAAAGCUGACUAUGCCGACUUCAUGAAGGGCAUUGGAUGGCUUCCUCUGGGCUCCCUGGAGGCUGAGAAAAACAGGAAAGCCAUGGAGAUUAUCAGUGAAAAAAAGUACCGCCAGCACCCAGACACUUUGAAGUAUUCUACAUUGAUGGACUCAAUGAAUAUGGUUCUGGCCAAGAAUAACGCAAAAAUUAUGAAUGAACACCUAUACAAGCAAGCAUGGGAGGCUGACAAGACCAAAAUUCACAUCAUGCCUGAUAUCCCCCAGAUUGUUUUGGCAAAGGCAAAUGCUAUUAAUAUGAGUGAUAAACUCUACAAACUUUCUUUGGAAGAGUCUAGAAAGAAAGGCUACGAUCUCAGAGCUGAUGCAAUCCCUAUCAGAGCUGCAAAGGCUUCAAGAGAUAUUGCAAGUGAUCAUAAAUACAAGUACAAUUAUGAAAAACAGAGGGGGAAAAUGGUUGGUUUCCGCAGUCUUGAGGAUGAUCCAAAAUUAGUCCAUUCCAUGCAAGUGGCUAAGAUGCAAUCUGAUCGGGAGUACAAGAAAAACUAUGAGAAGACAAAGACCAAUUACCAGACUCCUGCUGACAUGCUCAGUGUCACGGCUGCCAAGGAUGCCCAAGCCAACAUCAGCAACACUAACUACAAACACUUGAUUCACAAGUACAUCCUCCUUCCAGAUGCAAUGAACAUUGAGCUGACCAGGAAUAUGAACCGCUUACAGAGUGAUAACGAAUAUAAGCAAGACUAUAAUGAAUGGUACAAAGGGCUUGGCUGGAGUCCGGCUGGUUCUCUAGAAGUGGAGAAGGCCAAAAAGGCAACUGAAUAUGCAAGUGACCAGAAAUACCGCCAGCACCCCAGCAACUUCCAAUUUAAGAAGCUAAUCGACUCCAUGGACAUGGUGCUUGCCAAGCAGAAUGCACACACCAUGAACAAGCAUUUAUACACCAUUGAUUGGAAUAAAGAUAAGACCAAAAUUCAUGUUAUGCCAGAUACACCAGAUAUUUUGCAGGCCAAGCAGAAUCAAACACUAUACAGUCAGAAACUCUAUAAACUUGGAUGGGAAGAAGCUUUGAAGAAAGGCUAUGACCUCCCAGUUGAUGCAAUUUCUGUACAGCUGGCCAAAGCUUCAAGAGAUAUCGCUAGCGAUCAUAAAUACAAACAAGGCUACCGCAAGCAACUUGGCCACCAUGUUGGAUUCCGAAGUUUGCAAGAUGACCCAAAGCUUGUGUUGUCCAUGAAUGUAGCCAAAAUGCAGAGUGAAAGAGAAUACAAGAAGGACUUUGAGAAGUGGAAGACCAAGUACACCAGCCCAGUGGAUAUGUUGGGAGUAGUGUUAGCCAAGAAAUGUCAGGCCUUGGUUAGUGAUGUGGAUUACAGAAACACCCUGCAUCAAUGGACGUGUCUACCGGACCAGAAUGAUGUUAUUCAUGCUAAAAAAGCUUAUGAACUACAGAGUGAGAAUAUGUAUAAGUCUGACCUGGAGUGGCUGAAAGGCAUCGGAUGGAGUCCUCUAGGUUCUUUGGAGGCUGAAAAAAAUAAGCGGGCUUCAGAAAUCAUCAGUGAAAAGAAAUAUCGUCAGCCACCAGACCGAAACAAGUUCACCAGCAUUCCUGAUGCCAUGGACAUAGUUUUGGCAAAGACAAAUGCCAAAAAUAGGAGCGAUAGACUUUAUAGAGAAGCUUGGGACAAGGACAAGACUCAAAUCCACAUCAUGCCUGAUACACCUGACAUUAUUCUGGCUAAAGCAAACUUAAUCAAUACAAGUGAUAAACUCUAUCGAAUGGGUUAUGAGGAGCUGAAGAAAAAAGGUUACGAUCUUCCUCUUGAUGCCAUACCAAUCAAAGCAGCAAAAGCAUCCCGGGAAAUUGCCAGUGAAUACAAGUACAAAGAAGGUUUUCGCAAGCAGCUUGGCCACCAUAUUGGAGCCCGGGACAUUAAGGAUGACCCCAAGAUGAUGUGGUCCAUGCAUGUGGCCAAGAUCCAGAGUGACAGGGAGUACAAGAAAGACUUUGAGAAGUGGAAGACCAAGUUCAGCAGCCCAGUGGACAUGCUGGAUGUGGUACUGGCCAAAAAGUGCCAGACACUGGUUAGUGACAUAGACUACAAGAACGUGCUGCAUCAGUGGACAUGCCUGCCUGACCAGAAUGAUGUCAUCCAUGCUCGGCGAGCCUAUGACCUCCAGAGCGACAAUUUGUACAAGGCUGAUCUUCAGUGGCUAAAAGGCAUUGGUUGGUUACCUAGUGGUUCUCUUGAGGAUGAGAGGAACAAAAGAGCUAGCCAGAUUUUGAGUGACCAUGUUUACCGUCAACACCCAGAUAAAUUCAAGUUUUCCAGCCUUAUGGACUCCAUACCAAUGGUUUUGGCAAAAAACAAUGCUACUACCAUGAACCAUCGCCUCUACACAGAAGCUUGGGACAAAGAUAAAACCACUGUUCACAUUAUGCCAGACACCCCUGAAGUUGUACUAGCUAAACAAAACAAAAUAAACUACAGUGAGAAACAAUAUAAACUUGGCCUAGAAGAAGCGAGGAAGAGAGGCUAUGAUAUGCGACUAGAUGCCAUUCCCAUCAAGGCAGCCAAGGCAUCCAGAGAUAUUGCAAGUGAAUUCAAGUACAAAGAAGGCUAUCGCAAGCAACUUGGUCAUCACAUUGGUGCUCGAGCUAUACAUGAUGACCCCAAGAUGAUGUGGUCCAUGCAUAUAGCCAAGAUCCAGAGUGACAGGGAGUACAAGAAGGACUUUGAGAAGUGGAAGACCAAAUUCAGCAGCCCAGUGGACAUGCUGGGGGUGGUGCUGGCCAAAAAGUGCCAGGCCUUGGUCAGUGACAUAGACUAUAAGAAUGUGCUGCAUCAGUGGACAUGCCUGCCUGACCAGAACGAUGUCAUCCACGCACGGCGGGCCUAUGACCUCCAGAGUGAUAAUAUGUACAAGUCAGAUCUCCAGUGGUUGAGAGGUAUUGGCUGGGUGCCCAUCGGCUCUUUGGAUGUGGAAAAAUGCAAAAGAGCAUCUGAAAUUUUGAGUGAUAAAAGCUACCGCCAGCCUCCCGACAAAUUGAAAUUUACCAGUGUGACUGAUUCUCUGGAACAAGUAUUGGCCAAGAACAAUGCCAUUAACAUGAACAAGCGUUUAUACACAGAAGCCUGGGACAAAGACAAGACCCAGAUCCACAUAAUGCCUGACACGCCAGAGAUUAUGUUGGCAAGAAUGAACAAAAUCAACUACAGUGAGAGUCUGUAUAAACUUGCUAAUGAAGAAGCAAAGAAGAAAGGCUAUGACUUGCGAAGUGAUGCCAUCCCAAUCGUGGCAGCCAAGGCCUCCAGGGAUAUCGCCAGUGAUUACAAAUACAAAGAUGGUUACCGCAAGCAACUUGGCCACCACAUUGGCGCCCGAGACAUUGAGGAUGACCCCAAGAUGAUGUGGUCCAUGCAUGUGGCCAAGAUCCAGAGUGACAGGGAAUACAAGAAAGACUUUGAGAAGUGGAAGACCAAGUUCAGCAGCCCAGUGGACAUGUUAGGGGUGGUGCUGGCCAAAAAGUGUCAGACCCUGGUCAGUGACAUAGACUACAAGAACGUGCUGCAUCAGUGGACAUGCCUGCCUGACCAGAAUGAUGUCAUCCAUGCUCGACAGGCCUACGAUCUCCAGAGUGAUAAUGUUUAUAAGUCAGAUCUCCAGUGGCUGAGAGGCAUUGGCUGGGUCCCCAUUGGGUCUGUGGAUGUGGUCAAAUGCAAGAGAGCUGCAGAAAUACUCAGUGACAACAUCUACCGCCAGCCUCCAGACAAGCUGAAAUUUACCAGUGUGCCUGAUUCUCUGGAACAGGUGCUGGCCAAGAACAAUGCCAUUAACAUGAACAAGCGCUUAUACACAGAAGCCUGGGACAAAGACAAGACCCAAAUUCACAUCAUGCCUGAUACACCUGAAAUUAUGUUGGCCAGACAAAACAAAAUAAAUUAUAGUGAGAGCCUCUAUCGCCAGGCCAUGGAAGAAGCCAAGAAAGAAGGCUAUGACUUGAGAAGUGAUGCCAUUCCCAUUGUGGCUGCGAAGGCCUCCCGGGAUAUUGCCAGUGAUUACAAAUACAAAGAAGCUUAUCGUAAGCAGCUAGGCCACCACAUUGGCGCUCGAGCCGUACAUGAUGACCCCAAGAUAAUGUGGUCCCUCCACAUUGCAAAAGUGCAGAGUGACCGCGAGUAUAAGAAGGAAUUUGAGAAAUACAAGACAAGGUACAGCAGCCCAGUGGACAUGCUUGGUAUUGUCUUGGCCAAGAAAUGUCAGACCUUGGUUAGCGAUGUGGACUACAAGCAUCCCCUACAUGAAUGGACCUGUCUACCUGACCAGAACGACAUCAUUCAUGCACGGAAAGCCUAUGACCUCCAGAGUGACAAUUUGUAUAAGUCAGACCUUGAAUGGAUGAAAGGCAUUGGCUGGGUUCCAAUUGGUUCCUUCGAAGUUCUUAAAGCCAAGAGAGCCACAGAAAUACUGAGUGAUAAUAUCUACCGUCAGCGUCCAGACAAAUUGAAAUUCACCAGUGUAACUGACUCUCUAGAGCAAGUGCUGGCAAAGAACAAUGCUAUAAACAUGAGUAAGCGCUUAUAUACUGAAGCCUGGGACAAUGACAAGAAAACAAUUCAUGUCAUGCCUGAUACACCAGAAAUCAUGCUAGCCAAACUCAACCGAAUAAACUACAGUGAUAAACUCUACAAACUGGCUUUGGAGGAGGCCAAGAAGGAAGGCUAUGACUUGCGUUUGGAUGCCAUUCCAAUCCGGGCAGCCAAGGCUUCAAGAGAUAUUGCUAGUGAUUACAAGUACAAGCAAGAGUACCGCAAGCAGCUUGGCCACCACAUAGGGGCCCGAAAUAUUCAGGAUGACCCUAAGAUGAUGUGGUCCAUCCACGUGGCCAAGAUCCAGAGUGAGAGAGAAUACAAGAAAGACUUUGAGAAGUGGAAGACCAAGUUCAGCAGCCCAGUGGACAUGCUAGGGGUGGUUCUAGCCAAGAAGUGUCAGACCCUUGUAAGUGACAUAGACUACAGGCAUCCCCUACAUGAAUGGAUCUGCCUGCCUGAUCAGAAUGAUGUCAUCCAGGCUCGGAAGGCCUAUGACCUGCAGAGUGAUGCUAUUUACAAGGCUGAUCUUGAAUGGCUGAGAGGCAUUGGAUGGGUUCCUAUUGGCUCAGUAGAGGUCGAGAAGGUAAAGAGAGCUGGAGAAAUCCUGAGUGAGAGGAAGUAUCGCCAGCCUGCAGUCCAGCUCAAAUUCACGUCCAUUACAGACACUCCAGAAAUUGUCCUAGCAAAGAACAAUGCCAUGACAAUGAGCAAGCACUUAUAUACAGAAGCCUGGGAUGCUGACAAAACCUCUAUCCAUGUGAUGCCAGACACUCCUGAAAUCAUACUGGCCAAGAGCAAUUCUGCCAAUAUCAGCCAAAAACUUUACACUAAGGGAUGGGAUGAAUCAAAGAUGAAGGACUAUGAUCUAAAAGCUGAUGCUAUUCCCAUCAAAAGUGCCAAGGCCUCAAGGGACAUUGCCAGUGAUUACAAAUACAAAGAAGCAUAUGUGAAACAGAAAGGCCACCACAUAGGAGCCCGGAGCAUUGAAGAUGACCCUAAGAUUAUGUGUGCCAUACAUGCAGGGAAGAUUCAAAGUGAAAGGGAGUACAAGAAGGAUUUCCAGAAGUGGAAGACCAAGUUCAGUAGCCCAGUGGACAUGUUAGGCAUCUUGCUAGCCAAGAAGUGUCAAACUCUGGUCAGUGACAUUGACUAUCGCAAUUACCUGCACAACUGGACAUGCCUACCUGAUCAAAAUGACAUUAUUCAAGCAAGGAAGGCCUAUGAACUUCAAAGUGAUGCCAUCUAUAAGGCUGACUUGGAGUGGUUGCGUGGCAUUGGUUGGAUGCCUGAAGGGUCUCCUGAAGUACUGAGAGUCAAAAAUGCCCAACAUAUCCUAAGUGACAGUGUCUAUCGGACACCUGUGGUGAAUCUUAAGUACACAAGUAUCGUUGACACUCCUGAAGUUGUCCUCGCUAAAGCAAAUGCUGAAAAUAUUAGUAUUCCAAAGUACAGAGAAGUUUGGGACAAGGAUAAAACUUCCAUCCACAUAAUGCCAGAUACUCCGGAAAUUAAUCUAGCAAGAGCAAAUGCUCUUAAUGUGAGCAAUAAAAUUUACCGAGAAGGUUGGGAUGAGAUGAAGAUGAGUUGUGAUGUACGGCUAGAUGCCAUCCCUAUCCAGGCUGCCAAGGCCUCCCGGGAGAUUGCCAGUGAUUACAAAUACAAGAUUGACCACGAGAAGCAGAAGGGACACUAUGUGGGCACCCGCACAGCCAGGGAUGACAACAAGAUCCGCUGGGCCCUCAUAGCUGGCAAGAUUCAGAAUGAGAGAGAGUAUCGGAUGCACUGGGCCAAAUGGAAGACCAAGUUCCAAAGCCCUGCGGAUAUGCUUUCCAUCUUACAUUCGAAAAAAUGUCAGACUCUAGUCAGUGACAUCGAUUACCGUAAUUACCUACACGAGUGGACAUGCAUGCCUGACCAGAAUGAUGUGAUUCAGGCCAAGAAAGCCUAUGAACUGCAAAGUGAUGCUGUUUACAAGGCUGACUUGGAAUGGUUACGUGGAAUUGGAUGGUUGCCAAGUGAUUCUGUUUCUGUCAAUCACGCCAAACAUGCUGCGGAUAUCUUCAGUGAGAAAAAAUAUCGCACAAAAAUAGAAACUCUCAACUUUACCCCUGUGGAUGACAGAGUUGAUUAUGUGACAGCAAAACAAAGCGGUGAGAUCCUGAAUGAUAUUAAAUACCGGAAAGAUUGGAAUGACAACAAAUCAAAGUAUACCCUCACAGAAACCCCCUUGCUGCACACUGCCCAGGAGGCAGCCCGGAUAUUGGACCAGUACCAGUACAAGGAAAGCUGGGAGAAACAAAAAGCCACGGGUUAUAUUUUGCCUCCUGAUGCUGUGCCCUUUGUCCAUGCCCAUCACUCUAAUGAUGUUCAGAGUGAGCUGAAAUACAAAGCUGAACAUGUAAAGCAAAGAGGCCAUUAUGUUGGUGUUCCGACAAUGCGAGACGAUCCUAAGCUGGUUUGGUUUGAACAUGCAGGCCAAAUUCAGAAUGACAGACUGUACAAAGUGGACUAUCACAAAACAAAAUCCAAAAUCAAUAUACCUCCUGAUAUGGUAUCUGUGUUGGCCGCCAAGGAGGGACAGAGUCUUGUCAGUGACAUUGAUUACCGUAAUUACCUACACCAAUGGACAUGUCAUCCUGACCAAAAUGAUGUUAUUCAGGCAAGGAAGGCCUAUGACCUACAGAGUGAUAAUAUCUACAAAGCCGACCUGGAGUGGCUCCGAGGCAUUGGCUGGAUUCCCCUGGAUUCUGUGGAACAUGUAAGAGUUACUAGGAACCAGGAAAUGGUGAACCAGAUAAAAUAUAAAAAAGAUGCUCUUAACAACUAUCCUAACUUUACAAGUGUGGUGGAUCCUCCAGAGAUUGUUUUGGCCAAGAUUAACUCAGUCAAUCAAAGUGAUGUGAAAUAUAAAGAAACAUUUAAUAAACACAAGGGCAAGUAUAUAUUCUCUCCAGACACACCACAUAUCUCCCACUCCAAGGACAUGGGAAAACUCUAUAGUACUAUACUGUAUAAGGGGGCAUGGGAAGGAACCAAAGCCUAUGGCUAUACCUUGGAUGAGCGCUAUAUUCCCAUUGUUGGAGCCAAGCAUGCUGACUAUGUGAAUAGUGAGCUUAAAUACAAAGAGACGUAUGUGAAGCAGAAGGGCCACUACCUUGCUGGAAAAGAAAUCAGUGAGUUCCCUGGUGUGGUUCACUGUCUGGAUUUCCAAAAAAUGAGGAGUGCGUUGAACUACAGAAGAGAUUAUGAGGACACCAAAGCAAAUGUUCAUAUCCCCAAUGAUAUGAUGAAUCAUGUACUGGCUAAAAAAUGCCAGUACAUCCUCAGUGAUCUGGAGUAUCGGCACUACUUUCACCAGUGGACAUCUCUUCCGGAAGAACCCAAUGUUAUACGUGUCAGAAAUGCCCAGGAGAUCUUGAGUGAUAUACUGUACACAGCAGCAGGUAAAGAAAACCUAAAAAACUAUAAUAUGGUCACAGAUACACCACUUUAUGUGACUGCUCUUCAAAGUGGCAUUAAUGCAAGUGAGGUGAAAUAUAAAGAAAAUUAUCAUCAGAUUAAGGACAAAUAUACGACAGUUCUGGAAACAGUGGACUAUGACAGAACCAGGAAUCUGAAGGAUCUUUAUAGCAGUAACCUGUACAAGGAGGCCUGGGAUAAAGUGAAAGCUACCGGCUACAUUCUGCCUUCCAACACCGUGUCCCUGACGCAUGCCAAGAACCAGAAGCAUUUGGCCAGCAUUAUCAAAUAUCGGGAAGAAUAUGAAAAGUUCAAAGCACUUUAUACUUUACCAAAAAGUGUUGAUGAUGAUCCAAACACUGCACGGUGCCUCCGAGUUGGCAAGCUUAACAUUGAUCGUCUGUACAGAUCAGUUUAUGAAAAGAACAAGAUGAAAAUCCACAUUGUGCCUGACAUGGUGGAGAUGGUGACUGCUAAGGAUACUCAGAAGAAAGUCAGUGAGAUUGAUUACCGCCUACACCUCCAUGAGUGGAUUUGCCACCCUGACUUACAAGUCAACAGUCACGUCCGGAAAGUCACAGAUCAGAUCAGUGAUAUUGUGUACAAGGAUGACCUCACCUGGCUGAAAGGCAUUGGUUGCUAUGUCUGGGACACUCCUGAGAUUCUCCAUGCCAAACAUGCUUAUGAUCUACGUAAUGAUAUCAAGUACAAAGCUCAUGUGCAGAAAACAAGGAACAACUACAAGUUGGUCACUGACACACCAGUCUACGUCCAAGCUGUCAAAAGCGGGAAACAGCUAAGUGAUGCUGUCUAUCACUAUGACUAUAUACACAGUGUCAGAGGCAAAGUGGCUCCAACUACUAAAACUGUGGAUCUGGACCGUGCCCUGCACGCAUACAAACUCCAGAGUGAGAACCUGUACCGAAGACCUGGCCUGCACUCCCUGCCCACUGGAUAUCGCCUUCCAGUCGAUACCAUUCACUUCAAACACAACAAGGACACUCGAUACAUGAGCAGUUAUUUUAAGUACAAAGAAGUUUAUGAGCACAUCAAGGCAAAUGGGUAUACACUUGGCCCUAAAGACGUUCCAUUUGUCCAUGUCCGGAGGGCCAACAAGGUUACCAGUGAGAGACUGUAUCGACAGUUGUACCACAAACUGAAAGAUAAGAUUCAUACAACUCCUGAUACACCUGAAAUCCGCCAAGUCAAAAAGACACAAGAAGCUGUCAGUGAGUUGAUCUACAAAUCAGACUUCUUCAAGAUGCAGGGGCACCUGAUCUCCUUGCCAUAUACACCCCAAGUUCUCCAUUGCCGCUACGUGGGAGACAUCACCAGUGAUAUUAAAUACAAAGAGGACUUGCAGGUUCUAAGGGGCCUGGGCUGUUUCCUGUAUGACACUCCUGACAUGGUCCGUGCCCGGCAUCUGCGAAAGCUAUGGUCUAAUUACGUGUAUACAAAUAAUGCAAAGAAGAUGCGCGACAAAUACAAAGUGGUGCUUGACACACCAGAAUAUAGGAAAAUACAGGAAUUGAAGACACAUCUGAGUGAGCUGGUGUACAGAGCUCCAGGCAAUAAACAAAAAUCAAUCUUCACUUCAGUCCCUGAUACACCUGAUCUUUUAAGAGCCAAGAGAGGGCAGAAGCUUCAGAGCCAGUAUCUGUACGUUGAACUUGCUACCAAAGAAAGACCCCAUCACCAUGCUGGCAACCAGACCACAGCCCUGAAACAUGCUAAAGAAGUGAAGGACAUGGUCAGCGAGAAAAAGUACAAGAUUCAAUAUGAGAAAAUGAAGGACAAGUACACCCCAGUUCCAGAUACACCAAUCCUCAUCAGAGCCAAGAAAGCUUACUGGAAUGCCAGUGAUCUACGCUACAAAGAAACAUUUCAAAAGACCAAAGGGAAGUACCACACUGUGAAAGACGCUCUGGAUAUUGUUUAUCAUCGCAAAGUCACGGAUGACAUCAGUAAGGUGAAGUACAAGGAGAACUACAUGAGCCAGUUGGGAAUCUGGAGGUCCAUUCCGGAUCGUCCAGAACAUUUCCAUCACCGGGCAGUCACCGACGCAGUCAGUGAUAUAAAAUAUAAAGAAGAUUUGACGUGGCUGAAGGGCAUUGGUUGCUAUGCUUAUGAUACCCCUGACUUUACUCUGGCUGAAAAGAACAAGACGCUCUACAGCAAGUAUAAAUAUAAAGAGGUAUUUGAAAGGACGAAGUCAGAUUUCAAAUAUGUUGCUGACUCUCCAAUCAAUAAGCAUUUCAAGUAUGCAACUCAAUUGAUGAAUGAGAAAAAAUACAGAGCUGAUUAUGAGCAGCGGAAAGAUAAAUACCACCUGGUGGUCGAUGAGCCUAGACAUCUGCUGGCUAAGACCGCAGACGAACAGAUCAGCCAGAUCAAGUACAGGAAAAACUAUGAAAAAUCAAAAGACAAAUUCACCUCAGUUGUGGACACUCCAGAACACCUACGGACUACAAAAGUCAACAAACAAAUCAGUGAUAUACUCUAUAAACUGGAAUACAACAAGGCUAAACCCAGAGGCUACACCACAAUUCAUGAUACUCCCAUGUUGCUUCAUGUGCGCAAGGUUAAGGAUGAAGUCAGUGAUCUGAAAUACAAAGAAGUUUAUGAGAGAAAUAAGUCUAACUGCACCAUUGAGCCAGAUGCUGUUCAUAUCAAAGCAGCCAAGGAUGCCUACAAAGUCAACACCAAUCUGGACUACAAAAAGGUGUAUGAAGCCAACAAAGCCCACUGGAAGUGGACUCCUGACCGACCUGACUUCAUCCAGGCAGCCAAGGCAUCCCUGCAGCAAAGUGAUUUUGAAUAUAAGCUGGACCGAGAGUUCCUCAAGGGUUGCAAGCUUUCUGUCACUGAUGAUAAAGACAUGGUGCUGGCUCUGAGGAAUUCUUUGAUUGAAAGUGAUCUGAAAUACAAAGAGAAGCACGUCAAGGAAAGAGGAAGCUGCCACGCUGUGCCUGACACGCCCCAGAUCCUCCUGGCAAAGACUGUCAGCCAUCUGGUGUCCGAGAACAAGUACAAGGACUAUGUCAAGAAGCACUUGGCCCAGGGCUCGUACACAACACUACCAGAGACUCGUGACACUGUUCAUGUCAAGGAAGUGACCAAGCAUGUCAGUGAUACGAAUUACAAAAAGAAAUAUGUCAAGGAGAAAGGAAAGUCCAACUACUCUAUCAUGCUGGAGCCACCAGAGGUGAAACACGCCAUGGAAGUGGCCAAGAAGCAAAGUAAUGUUGCUUACAAAAAAGAUGCCAAAGAGAACCUUCAUUACACCACAGUGGCAGAUCGACCUGACAUCAAGAAAGCCACACAGGCAGCCAAACAGGCCAGUGAGGUGGAAUACAGAGCUAAACACCGCAAGGAAGGUAGCCAUGGCUUAAGCAUGCUUGGUCGCCCAGACAUUGAAAUGGCCAAGAAGGCAGCCAAGCUGAGCAGCCAGGUUAAAUAUCGAGAAAAUUUCGACAAAGAGAAGGGCAAGACGCCAAAAUACAAUCCAAAAGACAGUCAGCUCUACAAAGUCAUGAAAGACGCUAACAAUCUUGCAAGUGAGGUUAAGUAUAAGGCAGACCUAAAGAAACUUCAUAAACCUGUGACUGACAUGAAGGAAUCGCUGAUAAUGAAUCAUGUCCUGAAUACAAGCCAACUUGCCAGUUCUUACCAGUACAAGAAGAAAUAUGAGAAAAGUAAAGGCCACUACCACACAAUACCUGAUAAUCUGGAGCAGCUUCAUCUAAAAGAAGCCACAGAAUUACAGAGUAUAGUGAAAUACAAAGAAAAGUAUGAAAAAGAACGAGGGAAGCCCAUGUUGGACUUUGAAACACCAACAUACAUCACUGCCAAAGAGUCUCAGCAAAUGCAGAGUGGGAAAGAAUAUAGGAAAGAUUAUGAAGAAUCCAUUAAAGGCAGAAACCUGACUGGCCUGGAAGUCACGCCAGCUUUAUUACAUGUCAAAUAUGCCACCAAAAUAGCCAGCGAGAAAGAGUACAGGAAAGAUCUAGAAGAAAGCAUCCGUGGGAAGGGCCUCACUGAAAUGGAAGAUACCCCUGACAUGCUAAGGGCAAAGAAUGCCACUCAAAUCCUCAACGAGAAAGACUAUAAGAGAGACCUGGAGCUGGAAGUCAAAGGAAGAGGCCUAAAUGCCAUGGCCAAUGAAAUUCCUGAUUUUAUAAGGGCCAAGAAUGCUACAGAUAUUGCCAGUCAGAUUAAAUAUAAACAAAUAGCAGAAAUGGAAAAAGCCAAUUUCACCUCUGUGGUUGAUACUCCAGAGAUCAUUCAUGCCCAACAAGUCAAGAACCUUUCAAGCCAGAAAAAAUACAAGGAAGAUGCAGAGAAGUCCAUGUCAUAUUAUGAGACUGUUUUGGACACCCCUGAGAUGCAGAGAGUCCGGGACAACCAAAAGAACUUCAGCCUUCUGCAAUACCAGUGUGACCUUAAAAACAGUAAAGGAAAAAUUACAGUUGUUCAAGACACCCCAGAAAUACUGCGUGUUAAAGAAAAUCAAAAGAAUUUCAGCUCGGUUUUAUAUAAAGAGGAUGUCUCACCAGGAACAGCAAUUGGAAAGACGCCUGAGAUGAUGAGAGUGAAGCAAACCCAGGACCACAUCAGCUCGGUGAAGUAUAAGGAGGCAAUAGGACAAGGAACUCCGAUCCCUGACCUGCCUGAAGUGAAGCGUGUUAAGGAGACACAGAAGCACAUUAGCUCGGUUAUGUACAAAGAAAACUUGGGAACGGGCAUUCCAACCCCUGUCACUCCAGAGAUUGAGAGAGUCAGACGCAAUCAAGAGAAUUUUAGCUCGGUUUUGUACAAAGAAAAUUUGGGGAAAGGAACCCCAACACCUAUCACUCCAGAGAUGGAGAGAGUCAAACGCAAUCAAGAGAACUUUAGCUCGGUGUUAUACAAAGAAAACAUGGGCAAGGGAACCCCUUUACCUGUCACUCCAGAGAUGGAGAGAGUCAAACACAAUCAAGAAAAUAUUAGCUCGGUUUUGUACAAAGAAAAUGUGGGUAAAGCCACCCCAACCCCUGUCACUCCAGAGAUGCAGAGAGUCAAACGCAAUCAAGAAAACAUUAGCUCGGUGUUGUACAAAGAGAAUCUGGGGAAAGCAACCCCCACACCCUUGACUCCCGAGAUGGAAAGAGUCAAACGCAAUCAAGAAAACUUUAGCUCGGUAUUGUACAAAGAAAAUAUGAGAAAAGCAACUCCGACACCUGUUACUCCAGAGAUGGAGAGAGCUAAGCGCAACCAAGAAAACAUUAGCUCGAUACUAUAUUCUGAUAGCUUCCGGAAACAAAUUCAAGGCAAAGCUGCCUAUGUCUUGGACACUCCAGAGAUGAGACGGGUGAGGGAAACCCAACGCCACAUCUCAACGGUGAAAUACCAUGAAGACUUUGAAAAACACAAGGGUUGCUUCACACCAGUGGUGACAGACCCUAUCACUGAGCGAGUAAAGAAGAACACACAGGACUUCAGUGACAUUAACUACCGAGGUAUUCAGAGAAAAGUGGUAGAAAUGGAACAGAAAAGGAAUGACCAGGACCAGGAAACUAUUACAGGCUUGCGUGUCUGGCGUACUAAUCCUGGCUCAGUUUUUGACUAUGAUCCAGCAGAAGACAACAUUCAAUCUCGAAGCUUACACAUGAUCAAUGUGCAAGCUCAGCGCCGGAGCCGGGAGCAGUCACGUUCUGCCAGUGCUCUGAGCAUUAGCGGGGGUGAGGAGAAGUCUGAGCACUCUGAGGCUGCUGACCACCAUCUCUCCACCUAUAGUGACGGUGGUGUCUUCUUCAAUGCAACUUCAGCAGCUUACAAACAUGCGAAAACCACAGUGCUCCCACAACAAAGAUCAUCUUCAGUUGCUACCCAACAGACCACAGUAUCUUCUAUCCCAUCUCAUCCAUCUACUGCUGGAAAAAUCUUCCGUGCCAUGUAUGACUAUAUGGCUGCUGAUGCAGAUGAGGUGUCCUUCAAAGAUGGAGAUGCUAUUGUAAAUGUUCAAGCUAUUGAUGAAGGUUGGAUGUAUGGCACUGUGCAGAGGACGGGCAGAACAGGCAUGCUUCCAGCCAACUAUGUGGAGGCUCUUUAGGUGCCUCAAAGCAUCUAUCACGCCUGUUGCACUUACAGAUCCUCUGGUGAAUAAUUGUUUAGACUCUCCACUUAUCACCCAAGUUCUCAAGCUGCUUUUCUGUGUCAGUAUGAUCAUACCAUCCUU